CGGUUCAUAAUCUAACAGAUUGUGAUUUUUAAAUAGAUACACUGAUAUUUAAAAAAAGAGUCAGAGUCAACAUUUACAGGGUUAAGGUUAAUUAAACUCUGAUUCCCAGUUCCAGGUCAGCUGCUAACCCCCUAACCCCCUAUGAUGGUGAUGAUGAUGAUGAUGAAGAUGAUGAUGAUGGUGAUGAUGAUGAUGAAGGACCAUGAAUGAGACAGUGUAUAAAUCAAACAGAUGCAGUGUCAGCUCCUAUAAUAAAAAAGAUCUGCAACUGAGAUCAACGUCAUCUGCACAACACACUUGUGGAAACAUGCAUGUGUGUGUGUGGAUGUGUGUGCAUGUGUGAGUGUGCAUGUGUGUGCAUGUGUGAGUGUGUGUAGAAAUCGUGGAAAGGUGGGGCGCUUGUCACGAGCCCGGAUUUCGAAGUUGGUGGAGAGGAAGGGGGGAAGGGGGCUGCUGCGGCGGAGGGGUACAAGCUGCACACCCGACCUCUCUGACAGGUCUGAAGCUGGGAAUCAAACCCUCACACACGGACUGUUUCUCAGCGAGUUCACCGCUUACAACCAGCCAGCUCUUUAUUAUUUGUUGCCGCAGCCCCGUGUGUCCUCGGAGGUGGAAGCUGGUGGUCGCGGCGCGCGGGCUCUCGGCACUAGUUGGGAGUGGACUAGUUUUCUUGGCGGAGGCGCGGAGUUGUUUUGCUCCAGGACUGGUGUAGGGGGGCUGCUGAAUGGGAGCAGUCGCCGGAUUCGUGUGGUAUCAACGCAGGCUGCCGCGACCACCCACCACUGCCCAUCACCGUUGACUUCAGGGGACGUGUCGGGGCACAAACAGAACAAGACCACCACCACCAGUUCCUCCUGUCGUCCCCCCUUUCCCCUCUCCUUCCUCACGGAUCCUCCAGACUGACGAAGCCUCCAGACAUGGCUCAGAUUCUGCCGAUCCGCUUCCAGGAGCAUCUGCAGUUGCAGAACCUGGGCGUGAACCCAGCCAACAUUGGCUUCAGCUAUCUGACCAUGGAGUCGGACAAGUUCAUCUGCAUCCGAGAGAAGGUGGGCGAGCAGAACCAGGUGGUGAUCGUGGACAUGUCCGACCCCACCAACCCAAUCAGGAGACCAAUUUCUGCCGACAGUGCCAUCAUGAACCCCGCCAGCAAGGUCAUCGCCCUGAAAGCUGCCAAGACACUGCAGAUCUUCAACAUCGAGAUGAAGAGUAAGGUGAAGGCUCACACAAUGACGGAGGAGGUCAUGUUCUGGAAGUGGAUAUCAGUAAACACUGUUGCCUUGGUUACGGAUUCAGCCGUCUAUCACUGGAGCAUGGAGGGGGAUUCCCAACCAACCAAAGUAUUCGAUCGGCACGCCAGUCUGGCAGGAUGUCAGAUAAUCAACUACAGAACUGACGAGCAACAGAAGUGGUUACUGCUGAUAGGGAUCUCUGCACAGCAAAACCGUGUAGUUGGAGCGAUGCAACUGUAUUCUGUUGACAGGAAAGUGUCUCAGCCCAUCGAAGGCCACGCUGCUGCUUUCGGGGAGUUCAAAGUGGAGGGAAAUACCAAACUCUCCACCCUUUUCUGUUUUGCUGUGCGCUCCCCGGGUGGGGGGAAGUUGCAUAUCAUUGAAGUGGGUCAACCAGCUGCAGGAAACCAGCCCUUUGCUAAGAAGGCUGUGGACGUGUUCUUCCCUCCAGAAGCUCAGACAGACUUUCCUGUAGCUAUGCAGAUUGGCAGUAAGCAUGGUGUAAUAUAUUUGAUUACUAAGUAUGGUUACAUCCACCUGUAUGACCUGGAGUCUGGAGUGUGUAUCUACAUGAAUCGAAUCAGUGCAGAGACCAUCUUUGUCACUGCUCCUUAUGAAACCACCUCAGGAAUAAUUGGAGUCAACAAGAAGGGACAGGUCUUGUCAGUAUGCGUCGAAGAGGAAAACAUUGUCAACUAUGCCACGAACGUCCUUCAGAACCCUGAUCUUGCCCUGAGGAUGGCAGUGAGGUCAAACCUUGCUGGGGCUGAGGAGCUUUUUGCCCGGAAGUUCAACACUUUGUUUGCCCAGGGAAGUUAUUCAGAGGCUGCAAAGGUUGCUGCAUCAGCACCAAAGGGAAUCUUAAGGACAGCAGAGACCAUCCGUAAGUUUCAGAGUGUCCCGGCGCAGCCAGGUCAGGCCUCUCCACUGUUGCAGUACUUUGGUAUUCUUCUGGACCAGGGCCAACUGAACAAGUUUGAGUCUCUGGAGCUGUGCAGGCCCGUCCUGCAGCAGGGCCGCAAGCAACUGCUGGAGAAAUGGUUGAAGGAGGACAAGCUGGAGUGCUCAGAAGAGCUGGGAGACCUGGUGAAGGCCUCUGACCCCACACUCGCUCUCAGUGUUUACCUCAGAGCUAACGUCCCCAACAAGGUCAUCCAAUGCUUUGCAGAGACUGGCCAGUUCCAGAAAAUAGUGCUGUAUGCUAAAAAGGUGGGCUACACCCCAGACUGGGUGUUUUUACUGAGAAAUGUGAUGCGUGUUAAUCCAGACCAGGGACUUCAGUUUGCCCAGAUGCUGGUCCAGGAUGAGGAGCCGCUGGCCAACAUCAACCAGAUUGUAGAUGUUUUCAUGGAGGGCAGCCUGAUCCAGCAGUGCACCUCCUUCCUAUUGGAUGCGUUAAAGAACAACCGUCCAGCUGAAGGACACUUGCAGACACGUCUGCUCGAAAUGAACCUCAUACAUGCCCCCCAGGUGGCAGAUGCGAUCCUGGGGAACCAGAUGUUCACACACUAUGACCGUGCCCAUGUUGCUCAGUUGUGUGAGAAGGCAGGUCUGCUGCAGAGAGCUCUUGAACACUACACCGACCUGUAUGAUAUCAAACGAGCUGUGGUGCACACGCAUCUGCUCAACCCUGAGUGGCUGGUGAACUUCUUUGGCUCUUUGUCAGUAGAAGACUCGUUGGAGUGUUUAAGGGCCAUGCUGUCGGCUAACAUCAGACAGAACCUGCAGUUGUGUGUCCAGGUAGCAUCUAAGUAUCACGAGCAGCUGGGAACUCUGGCAUUAGUGGAGCUCUUUGAAUCCUUCAAGAGUUAUGAGGGAUUGUUUUACUUCCUUGGGUCGAUUGUGAAUUUCAGCCAGGAGCCAGACGUCCACUUUAAGUACAUCCAGGCUGCCUGUAAAACAGGUCAAAUCAAAGAAGUGGAGAGAAUAUGUAGAGAGAGCAACUGUUAUGACCCAGAGAGGGUUAAAAACUUCCUCAAGGAGGCCAAACUAACAGACCAGCUUCCGCUUAUCAUUGUGUGUGAUCGCUUUGACUUCGUCCAUGAUCUUGUUCUUUACCUCUACCGCAACAAUCUACAGAAAUACAUUGAAAUCUAUGUACAGAAGGUGAACCCUAGUCGUUUACCAGUGGUGAUAGGUGGGCUGUUGGAUGUCGACUGUGCUGAGGAUGUCAUUAAGAACCUGAUCAUGGUGGUCAGAGGGCAGUUUUCCACUGAUGAACUGGUAGAGGAGGUAGAGAAGAGAAACCGGUUAAAGCUUCUGUUGCCGUGGCUGGAGUCCCGUAUCCAUGAAGGCUGCGAGGAGCCAGCCACUCACAAUGCCCUCGCUAAGAUCUACAUCGACAGCAACAACACACCUGAACGUUUCCUGAAGGAGAAUCCGUUCUACGACAGCGCUGUUGUCGGUAGAUACUGUGAGAAGAGAGACCCCCACCUGGCAUGUGUGGCCUACGAGAGAGGACAGUGUGACCUGGAGCUAAUCAAAGUUUGCAAUGAGAACUCAUUAUUUAAGAGUGAGGCUCGAUAUCUGGUACGACGGAAAGAUCCCGAGCUCUGGGCGAACGUGUUGGAGGAAGACAACCCCUUCAGAAGACAACUCAUUGAUCAGGUGGUCCAGACGGCGCUGUCAGAGACGCAGGACCCUGAGGAAGUGUCCGUCACCGUCAAGGCUUUCAUGACGGCAGACCUGCCCAACGAGCUGAUUGAGCUGCUGGAGAAGAUUGUACUUGAUAACUCUGUCUUCAGCGAGCACAGAAACCUCCAGAACCUACUGAUUUUGACAGCCAUCAAGGCCGACCGCACUCGAGUGAUGGAGUACAUCAACAGGCUAGACAACUAUGACGCUCCAGACAUCGCCAAUAUCGCCAUCAGCAAUGAGCUCUUUGAGGAAGCGUUUGCCAUUUUCAAGAAGUUUGAUGUCAACACCUCAGCCAUACAGGUCCUGAUAGAGCACAUAGGGAACUUGGAUCGUGCCUAUGAGUUUGCUGAGCGCUGUAACGAGCCUGCGGUGUGGAGCCAGUUAGCCAGAGCUCAGCUGCACAGAGACCUGGUCAAGGAGGCUAUUGACUCGUAUAUUAAAGCCGUCGACCCGUCAGCGUACAUGGAGGUGGUCAACGCAGCCAGCAAGAACAAUAACUGGGAAGACUUGGUUAAAUUCCUUCAGAUGGCUCGAAAGAAAGCAAGAGAGUCGUACGUGGAGACGGAGCUGAUCUUUGCUUUAGCCAAGACGAACCGUCUGGCGGAGCUUGAGGAGUUUGUCAGUGGGCCCAACAAUGCUCACAUACAGCAGGUGGGCGAUAGAUGUUAUGAGGAGGGUAUGUACGAAGCAGCCAAGCUCUUGUACAACAACGUGUCCAACUUUGCUCGACUUGCAUCGACACUUGUCCAUCUCGGAGAAUAUCAGGCGGCUGUGGACAGCGCAAGGAAAGCCAACAGCACACGGACAUGGAAAGAGGUAUGCUUUGCGUGUGUUGACGGCGAGGAGUUUCGGCUGGCACAAAUCUGCGGCCUUCACAUAGUGAUCCACGCUGACGAGCUGGAGGAUCUGAUCAGCUACUAUCAGGACCGUGGCUACUUCGAGGAGCUCAUCGCUCUGCUGGAGGCUGCGCUGGGACUGGAGCGGGCUCACAUGGGCAUGUUCACCGAGCUCGCCAUCCUCUACUCCAAGUUCAAACCACAGAAGAUGAGGGAGCACCUGGAGCUGUUCUGGUCCAGAGUCAACAUCCCAAAGGUCCUUCGUGCAGCGGAGCAGUCUCACUUAUGGGCGGAGCUGGUGUUCCUGUACGAUAAGUACGAGGAGUUUGACAACGCUGUCCUCACAAUGAUGUCUCAUCCUACAGACGCAUGGAAAGAAGGGCUGUUCAAAGACAUCAUUGCUAAGGUUGCCAAUGUGGAGUUGUACUAUAAAUCUCUGUCCUUCUACCUGGAUUACAAACCUCUAUUACUGAACGACCUACUGACCAUUCUGUCUCCACGGUUGGACCACAGCCGGGCAGUCACCUUCUUCAGCAAGCUGAACCAGCUGAAGUUGGUGAAGCCUUACCUGAGAUCUGUCCAGAGUCACAACAACAGGUCCGUCAACGAAGCUCUCAACAACCUGCUGACAGAGGAGGAAGACUACCAGGGUCUGAGAGCGUCUAUCGAUGCCUACGAUGACUUUGACACCAUCGGUCUGGCUCAGAGGUUAGAGAAACAUGAACUGAUUGAGUUUAGGCGUAUCGCUGCCUACCUGUACAAGGGCAACAACCGCUGGAGACAGAGUGUAGAGCUCUGCAAGAAGGACAAACUAUACAAGGAUGCCAUGCUGUACGCUGCAGAGUCAAAGGAUGCUGAGCUGGCAGAGACGCUGCUUCAGUGGUUCCUGGAGGAGGGCAGGAAGGAGUGCUUCGCCGCCUGCCUCUUUGCCUCCUAUGACCUGCUUCACCCUGACGUGGUGCUGGAGCUCGCCUGGAGGCACAACAUCAUGGACUUCGCCAUGCCGUACUUCAUCCAGGUCAUGAGAGAGUACCUCACAAAGGUUGAUGAGUUUGCAGCGAAGGUGAUGGUGGACAAGCUGGAGGAGACAGAAAGCCAAAGGAAAACUGAGGAGGAGGUGACGGAGCCUCAGCCGAUUGUGUUUGGCCAGCAGCUGAUGUUGACUGGCUCUGCUGCUCCAGUGGCACCCCAGCCAGCGUACUCAGGCUAUGGCUACCCUGCCAACGCAGCAGGCUUCCCUCCUCAGGCCGCCGCCGCCGCCACUGCUGCUGCUGCUGCCGCCGCCGCCGGCUAUCCUGCACAGCCUGCUUAUGGCUUCAACAUAUAGAGGCCUGACUCUGCCUCCCCCCCCCCCCGCUCCCCUCUGUCUCCACUGCACACACUCACACAACUCAGACCUGAACCACACUGAACCGCGCUGCUCUGAGUCUCAAGCGGCCAAAUGAUGGCGCAGAGACCCUUCCCCGAAACUUGACUGGGCCUUCAUUUCCUAACGAGACUCCUCCCGUCUUCAGUGAAACUGCAGUAGAAACCCUUCAUAUCUCCUCUCCCUUCAGAAGAUCUGCAUCAAGGCUCGUGGACCCUCCCCUCCCUCCCUGCCGCCCUCUACUCUCCACUAGGAUGUUACAACUGUAUCACUGAUCUACACCGCAUGACGUCCCCUCUCAGCUCCCAGAGGAAUUAACAUACUGAAGAUAACAUAGUGACACAAGACCACUCUGUCCUGUUGCUGUUCCAUGUAGACGUAACUAACCAUAAAGCAGCUGUUUCCUUUAUUUGAUAUUCCUUAUUUCUAUAGAUUCAGCACUGAUGAGGAAGAGACUUACUGAGGAGUGGAGGGGCGUGUGUGUGUGUCCCCCUCCCUCCUGAAGCACUGCUACGGCCUUAUUUAGAGAAGGUGGCAAAAAACACAGGCUCAUUUGUUCAUGUUUAAUUUCACAACUGUCUCAUGCUCUGAUUAGAAUGACGGUUACUGUGCAAUAGUUUUGUUUGUCCUUUCACAACAGGUACAAAGUGUUUGCUGUAUAUGGACUAAGAACACUUGUUUAUGAGGUUACAGUACUGUCCGUGUGUGUGUGUGAGCGCUAGUGUAAGUGUGUGUGUGUAGCCUCUGGAGUCUUCACCAAACCUAGAGGCACUCCAUGAAAUGUCCACUCCCUUGCAACAGCAAACGUUUCGCUGGCUCAGAGCAGUUGAUCUCGUCAGAUGACUUUUUUUUUUUUUUUUGGGACUCUGAUACCGGACACCUGGAGCUUCAGGACGAGUGAGACAGAAAGAAAGAAAGCAGGUGAAAU